AUGGCAAACUCGAGCUAUAGUUCUAAUCCACAUGUCACCCUAGAAGUUGGAGAAGAAUGCCCAUACCCAUACCCAUACCCAUGGCAUGUUUACACCCCCAGUUUUGUUAGCUUGAAGCUGAGUGGUAAAAAUGAGUAUAUUAUGUGGAAAAAACAGAUGCUAUGUCUAUUAGAGAGUCAUGAUAUGUUUGGUUUCAUUGAUGGAACACUCAUAAGCCCUGACGAAGCCAGUAGUAGUAGUAGUGUUUCAGGGAAGGGGAAAGUGGGUGAUCGUCAGACAUAUCACAAGCUGUGGAAAAGAUCAGAUGCCCUUGUGAAGGGUUGGAUUCUUGGUUCUCUCUCUAAUGAAACACUCAGGUACGUUGUCAAUUGUCUUGCAGGAAAACACCAUCAAGAUGAUUUCAGUGCAAAAGAUGUUUGGGAUGAACUGCAGACUAUGUAUGCUCCUCAUGUACUUCCAGAAGUGCAACAUGUUGUUGAAGAUACACUACAAGAUCAAGACAGAGCAGACGAUAUCAAGAGAUUGUACGAAUAUACUGAAGUAGGAUAUUGGUAUGGGGUCGAAGGUAUAUUGAGAGAGGGAAGGGUUACAGUGGUAGACAAAAUCACCAAUAAAGGCAACACCACGCUCCAUGUAGCAGUAGAUGGAAGCACGCUGCUUCAUGUUGCUGCUAUUAUUGGCAACACUGAAGCUGCUGACAACUUGGUGGCAAGAAACCAUGAGUUGUUGUUAGCCAAAGACAACAAGGGUCAGACACCACUAGACUUGGCUUUUUCUCAUAUGCAUACAGAGACAGCCCGACAACUGCUGCAACACAUCAAGACUGAUAUACAGAAGGAUGCUCUGUUUUCUGGCGCAACAGGGGAUGAGCUUCUCGGGACUGUUAUUUCUUCUAAAGAUUUUUGCUUGGCAGCUGAUCUAAUACGGCAUUAUAGAAACUUGCAUGGUAAUACUGCGCUUAUGGCAAUAGCUGAAAAUUUCCCAUGUGAACUCAGCGUAUUGGCAAGAUAUAUAGUUGGGGCUGAUGAGAUACGUGAUAGACUAAGGCUCUUCGUUGUAAGAACCACUAUGGAUUGUAUCGCCAGAUGUCUUCCAUCAUUGGUUCCAUGGGUGAAUCCAAUGUUCAAGGCAUUCUUCUAUGUAAUAUGUUGGAGUGAUAUGCUAUUCCGGACAAUCCUUUACAUGUUAGUUUCGCCAUUCAUUAAGAAGAGCAUUAAAAAUAAUGAGGAUGCUAUAAAACUGUUGAACUAUGUAUGCGAUUUGAUAGUGGAUUCAAAUCACAGCUCCUCUUACCAUCACUGCUACACAAAGCCAAUUCUUGAAGCCACAAGACUAAAUGCACACCAGGUUGUACAUAUAAUUUGGCUUCAUUUCCCAAAUGCAACUCUAAGUGCCAAUGAAGAUGGUCACAACAUUUUUCAAUAUGCUGUGAUACAUCGCUCAGAAAAGGUCUACAAUUUCCUAUACCAAAUGACGGGUCAUAGAAAGAAUAUAUAUCGGACAAUCAAAGACUUUCAUGGUAAUAACCUCUUGCAUUUGGCUGCAAGAUUGGCACCCACAGACAAAUUGAAUCGUAUAUCUGGUGCAGCUUUACAAAUACAACGUGAACUACAAUGGUUUAAGGAAGUCGAAGGAUUUGUAUAUCAGUUAAGCAUCACUCAAAAGAACUCUAGUGGUGAAACGCCACAAAUGGUAUUUACUAGAGAACACAAGGACUUGGUUAUUGAUGGAGAAAAAUGGAUGAAGUCCACUGCGGGGUCCUACACGAUUACAGCUGCAUUAAUCAUCACCGUUGUGUUUGCGGGAGCUAUUACAGUGCCGGGAGGAAGCGAUCAAAACGCGGGCAUACCAAUUUUUACCAAUAGCACCGCCUUCAAAAUAUUUGCAAUAUCAGAUGCCAUAUCGUUAUUCGCAGCUGUUACCUCAUUGUUAAUGUUUUUGUCGAUUCUCACUGCACGUUUUGCUGAACAAGACUUUCUCUACAAGUUGCCUACAAAGUUGAUAAUUGGUUUGGCCACAUUGUUCAUCUCAACCACAGCCAUGAUAGUAGCUUUUUCUGCAACGUUAUACCUUGUAUUUGGGCAAAGCAACUCACGAAUUCUUAUUCCAAUAGCUGUGUUGACAUGCCUACCAAUCACUUCUUUUGUGACCCUGCAGUUCCCUCUUGUCUUAGACUUGAUAAGUGCCACAUAUGGUAGUAGUAUUUUUGGUAAGAAAAGAUAUUAUCGCUUUAUUUUACUCGAAUGA